UUAAAGGCAGAGUCAGGCACGACCCGGCCAGAACCUCCGGCCUCGGAAACCUGUGGAGAGAUACGUGUGUCCGUGGAGUGCGCCUGCGCAGCUGUGGCAGCCGCAGGUUUUUGAAACAUGAAUCGUUCACUCUUCCUGACUGCCCUUUGCUUGGGAAUAGCCUCAGCUGCUCCAAAACUUGAUCAAAAUUUAGAUACACACUGGUACCAGUGGAAGGCAACACACGGGAGACUGUAUGGCAUGAAUGAAGAAGGAUGGAGGAGAGCAGUGUGGGAGAAGAAUAUGAAAAUGAUUGACCUACACAAUCAGGAAUACAGCCAAGGGAAACAUGGCUUCACCAUGGCAAUGAAUGCCUUUGGUGACAUGACCAGUGAAGAAUUUAAGCAGGUGAUGAAUGGCUUUCAAAACCAUAAGCACAAGAAGGGGAAAGUGUUCCAUGAACCUCUCUUUCUUGAAGUCCCCAAAUCUGUGGAUUGGACUAAGAAAGGCUAUGUAACUCCUGUGAAGAAUCAGGGUCAGUGUGGUUCUUGUUGGGCUUUUAGUGCCACUGGCGCCCUUGAAGGACAGAUGUUCUGGAAAACUGGCAAACUUGUCUCACUGAGUGAGCAGAACCUGGUGGACUGCUCUAGGCCUCAAGGCAAUGACGGUUGCAGUGGUGGCUUAAUGGAUAAUGCCUUCCAGUAUGUUAAGGACAAUGGAGGCCUGGACUCAGAGGAAUCCUAUCCAUAUCUUGGCAGGGAAACAAAUAGCUGUAACUAUAAGCCCGAGUAUUCUGCCGUCAAUGACACUGGCUUCGUGGACAUCCCUCAGCGGGAGAAGGCCCUUAUGAAGGCAGUGGCAACUGUGGGGCCCAUCUCCGUUGCUAUUGAUGCAGGCCAUACAUCCUUCCAGUUCUAUAAAUCAGGUAUUUAUUAUGAUUCAGACUGCAGCAGCAAAGACCUGGAUCAUGGUGUUUUGGUGGUUGGCUAUGGAUUUGAAGGAACAGAUUCAAAUAAAAAUAAAUUUUGGAUUGUCAAGAACAGUUGGGGUCCAGAAUGGGGCUGGAAUGGCUACAUAAAAAUGGCCAAAGACGAGAACAACCAUUGUGGAAUUGCCACAGCAGCCAGCUAUCCCAUUGUGUGAGCUGAUGGAUGGUGAUAAUAGAGGACUUGAGAACAGCAUACCUGGAGGAAUUUUAUCUUAAAACUGACCAAACCCUUAUUGUAUAAGAUAAGAUACUGAACCACUGAGGAUCCAAGUUGUGAUUUGAAUUCUGUGACAUUUUUAUAAGGGUUAGAUGUUACCACUACUUUCUUUUUUUUUUUUUUUGCGGUACACAGGCCUCUCACUGCUGUGGCCUCUACUGUUGCGGAGCACAGGCUCCGGACGCACAGGCUCAGCGGCCAUGGCUCACGGGCCCAGCCACUCCUCGGCAUGUGGGAUCUUCCCAGACCAGGGCACGAACUCGUGUCCUCUGCGUCGGCAGGCAGACUCUCAACCACUGCGCCACCAGGGAAGCCCCAACCAUUACUUUAAUUAGUGUUAUAAAUAGCUUUAUAAUGUUGAAGACUCAUUGCUUAACUCUAAGACUUUUGAAUUUUCAUUUUUUAAAAGGAUACAUAAAACUUUGCCUUUUACAAUAAAUUUUAAUUCAACACGUAAA